GUAGAUAGACUGCUAACUAUUCUGAGUAGGCUACUUGCUUUCUCAGUCAACUUCAAAAGAACCAUAAACGUCCAGGAGCAUAUUAUCUCCCUAGAAUCAACAAAGUACCAACAAGAUGGCCAUGUUACCAAAAAACCUUCCCAGACCAGAGGAGUGUCAAGGAGCACAGACUCUAUGGUAUGACAAGAAGAAAUAUGUGGCCAUCAACUUCAUGGUGCAAAACCCCAAGGAUGUUGAGGUUGAUAUUCAGGAUACCUAUAUAGUUUUAAGUUGCAAAGACGUUGAUGACAACAACAUGUACAAUCACAUUUACUUCUACGACAAAGUAAUGAAAUUCGACUCUCAAGUGAAAAUCUAUGAUCGCAGUAUCCACAUCUUGAUCAGGAAGGUUAAAGAAAAUGUAGCAUGGCCUCGCCUUCAGAAAGAUGCCAAUCUCAAGCCAAAUUGGAUGGCUGUAGACUUCGAAAACUGGAGAGACUGGGCGAACGAAGAGGAUGAGGGAAUGGCGGAGUACGAACAAUAUGUGGAAAUGAUUCAGGAUAUAGGGAGCAAGAAAGGAGCGCCACCUGCGAUGGAUGAUCUUGAUGAUCUGAGUGAUUGAACAUUUCUGAAGAGAGCCUUUCUCUGCAUUGGACGUGAUGGACGUGGAUUGAGUCGUCCAAGCCAUGUCGAUGGACUUUGUGUAUUUCCUGAUGAUGGUUUGCUAUGGAUGUGAUGUGAAUGAAUGCUGUGUAUUGCUAAAUGUGUUUUCACUGGUGAUGUUUUCUGUGUAAUUUAUCAUGUUUUAUUGAAUGUAUUAUUUAUUAAAUCAACUGAAGCAGGGGCAUCAUGCAACCCCAAAAUCUGAGGGGGUACAAAGACAAAGAACAGGAUGGCUGGGGGGUGGUGGCCAUAUGUUGGAGAAUUGUGCAUAUUUCAAACAUCUGAAAUAGAUUUUCCCUGCUAUCUAGAGCCAUAUUCAUUUUUCUUAAUUCUUUGUAAAAAAACAUGUCUAUUUUUCCUGCAUAUCUAAGCUCAAAUCUGGGUAAAAGAUUGAAAGGAAUGAGAGUCUUAUUCAGUAUAUUUACAGUUAUUUUUUUUUUUUAUAGUCUACCAACUUUUCCUGCAGGCAUGUCUAUAGUCAUGCAGAUAGUUAGACAAGCUAGCUACUUGAUUGAUAGCCUGAAAUGGCCUCUUGGUAGUUAGUUGGGAGAUUGGGAACCUAUCUGGGCUAGCUAAAGCCAACUCUAUAAUAUUGCUUAGUGAUUACCUUUUACUGCAGUGGGCUAAAUCAGGGUCACACAGAGUAUUUCUGGGUAGUCUUAAACAAAUCUACUUUGAAAUAAAAGUAUACACCUCA